GAAGUAGCAACUUAAGUGGUAGUGUUUAUUCUGAAAUUUUCAGGCAGUUAGACUGUUUCAGGCAAAUCUGAAUAAAAUAGUCCUUAUCCAGGUUUUUAUCUAAGGAAUUCCAAGAAGACUAGAGAAUGGAAAGACAGCAAAGGUUUACGUCAGAGAAAGAGUAUCAGUUUCAACAUCAGGGAGCGGUGGAGCUGCUUGUCUUUAAUUUUUUGCUUAUCCUUACCAUUUUGACAAUCUGGUUAUUUAAAAAUCAUCGAUUUCGCUUCUUGCAUGAAACCGGAGGAGCAAUGGUGUAUGGCCUCAUAAUGGGAUUAAUCUUACGAUAUGCUACAGCACCAACUGAUAUUGAAAGUGGAACUGUGUAUGAUUGUGGAAAAUUGGCCUUUAGUCCAUCAACUCUGUUGAUUAAUAUCACUGACCAAGUUUAUGAAUAUAAAUACAAGAGAGAAAUAAGCCAACAUAACAUCAAUCCUCACCAAGGCAAUGCUAUCCUUGAAAAGGAACAGCACUAAGCCCACCAGGCACGACCCUGACAAUGGUGCAGACUUCUUAAACUUCAGCCUUU